AUGUCGAAACCAACGGGAACGGAGCAGAUCACGGAGCACUAUGGAACUGGAAACGAUUCUGGCGAAGAAAUUGAGCCAGCACACGAGCGUGUGACGGUCGUGCCAACGGGCACGAACACGACACCCGAUCCGUCCAGCCCUUCGUCCUCGCGACAUGGACAAGGCCAUGGUGCGGUCGAGCUCAUUGGCGGCGCGGACCCUUCGCAGCAACCAUCCGUCCAAACGACAGUCGCAGAGGUUGAAGGCAGCAAGAAGCGAUUCGGGUACUUGCGCCGGCCGCAGUUCUGGCUCGUGCUUCUCUUGUCGCAAGCAUUGGCAGUGACCAUUACAGGCACCAACACGCUAUCGACUCUGCUCUCCAUGGAAGGAACCUCGAUCCCGGCCUUCCAGACUCUGUUCAAUUACAUCCUGCUGAAUCUGAUCUACACGUCUUGGACCAUCUACAAAUAUGGCUUCAAGGGCUGGUUGAAGCUCAUGUGGAAGGACGGCUGGCGGUUCUUCCUGCUCGCUUUCUGUGAUGUGGAGGGCAACUACUUUACAGUGCUUGCCUACCGCUAUACGACUAUUCUUUCAGCGCAAUUGAUCAACUUCUGGGCCAUCGCGGUGGUGGUCGUUAUCUCACUCAUCUUCUUGAAGGUCCGCUACCACAUUUUCCAGUAUGUUGGCAUUCUGAUCUGCAUCGGCGGCCUUGGGAUGCUCAUAGCUUCGGAUCACAUCACUGGUGCCAAUGGAGGGAAGGCAGCAGAUGCUGUCAAGGGAGACCUCUUUGCAUUGCUUGGCGCUACCUUUUAUGGUCUCUCGAAUGUUUUCGAGGAGUACCUGGUCAGCAAGCGUCCUUUGUACGAGGUCAUUGGACAGCUUGCAUGGUGGGCUAUGUUCAUCAAUGGUGUCCAGGCCGGAAUUUUCGAUCGCGCAGCAUUCAAGACUGCAGUGUGGAAUGCGAAGGUUGGAGGUUAUCUGACCGGAUACACACUGCUCCUGACUUGGUUUUACUCGGCUGUUCCUGUUGUCCUGCGCAUGGCAUCGGCGGCAUUCUUCAACAUUGGUCUGUUGACUGGAAACUUCUGGGGAGUCAUUGUUGGCAUCAAGGUAUUCAAUUACCACGUCCACUGGAUGUACCCAAUCGCUUUUGUGCUGAUCAUGGUCGGCCACUUUGUGUACUAUGGCACCGAAGGUGUCUUGGGCGAGGCAAAAAAGCCUUGGCUUGGCGAGAACCAGGAAGGUGGUGAUGAUGGUAUUGGAACUGCUCGCAGACAGCUCGAGCAUCCAGGCGUUACUCUGUAG